UUCAAGAAUUAUUAUUUGUUUUGAUUGUCAUUAAAUUUCUCGUAAAUUUCAAACGGAAAAAAAAAACUGAAAUUCUAAGACUAAAUAUCAUGUCUCGGAUAAAAAAAUGGCACGAAUAUCCUCGUGUAAUACCCUUUGACCUACACAGCUGUCAAAUUCAACAAGAUGCAAUAUAUAGGGAGCAUCGUAUACGAAAGAAGUGGGAAGAUAUGUAUGGAAAAAUAGCACAUCUUUACUGGCAAAAUACAUUAGAUGUGGACGCUGAUCAAAGUAAAGUUUGCAGCUGUAGUGAGGAAGGCAACACAUCAGUUGUCGUAAAUCCACCCACUAUCAACGGAAAUGGGAGGGGCUUAAUGGAAGAAACUGCAAGCCCUGAUCAAUAUUCAAAGGCAGAAGCCGGCCAUAAAGUGCAUUCCUCAAAUGACGAUAUCUUAAAAGACGAAGGGGAAUUCCGGAAUGCCUCCCCGUGUUUCAGAACUCUGAAGUUUCCACCAAAAUGUGAUCAUAUUUGCGCACGAAUGGGGUUUGAGUGCUGGAUGUGUGAUGAAAAAUGAUUCCGAACUUUAGUUUCAUCAAAAUGAUAAUUCUUUUUAUUGUUUCUUCUGGAAUAUGUUCUACAACAUGAAAA